GGCGGCCGCCCUCGCUUUCUGCAGACGAGAGCUGAGUUUGUCUGCUGGGUACCUGCAGCUGGAGCGCAAAAGAAGAGAUUUCACCUCUUCUGGGAGUCGGAAGCUCUACUUUGACACCCAUGCCUUAGUGUGCCUACUUGAAGAAAAUGGGUUUACUACUCAGCAAGCAGAAAUUAUUGUAUCUGCAUUGGUCAAGAUCAUAGAGGCCAACAUGGAUAUCGUCUACAAAGACAUGGUCACCAAGGUGCAGCAGGAGAUCACUCUUCAGCAAGUAAUGUCUCAGAUUGCUAAUGUGAAAAAAGAUAUGAUUAUUUUGGAGAAGAGUGAAUUUUCAGCCCUCAGAGCAGAAAAUGAGAAAAUAAAACUCGAACUACAUCAGUUAAAACAACAAGUAACGGAUGAAGUGAUCAAAGUCCGAACAGAUACCAAGUUAGACUUCAAUCUAGAAAAGAGCAGAGUAAAAGAAUUGUAUUCACUGAACGAAAGGAAGCUGCUGGAAUUAAGAACAGAAAUAGUGGCAUUGCAUGCCCAGCAAGAUCGGGCCCUCACCCAGACAGACAGGAAGAUAGAGACUGAGGUUGCUGGCCUCAAAACCAUGCUCGAGUCGCACAAGCUUGAUAAUAUUAAAUAUUUAGCAGGAUCUGUAUUUACGUGCCUAACAGUAGCUCUGGGAUUUUAUCGCCUGUGGGUAUAAUAAAGUAUCUAUUUAAAGAGAU